UGGAAAGAUGACAAUCGAAAUCCAAAGCUUUACGAUGAACGAACUGAUAAGCCGGGAAUUUCUUCAUUGCCCAAUGGAAAAGUCAGCACCACCAGUGGAACCGCCAGCAGCAGUUCAAAAUCCAAUCGAGUUUAUAAAAAUGAAAUUGUCAACCAGAUCAAUCAAAAUUUACCUGAAGACAUGAGAAUUUCUAAACUUAUUCGACGAUUGGAAACCGCAACAACAAUAAACGGACUAGUCGAGAUUUGCGAGAAACUCAAAACUGUUGUUCAAGAUCGAUCGAAUGCAAAUUAUAUUCGUCGAAGUUUCGAUCAACUUACAAUUUCAAUAACAACAGUCAUGAAAGAUUGUUCACGUGAUGUUCUUCCACAUUUAUGUGAAGUCUUUGGUCUCAUGGGUUAUGCGAUCCUUUAUGAUUUCCCGGUCUAUAAAUCAUGGAUUUGUAAAACAUAUAAAAGUACGAAAGCCUUAAGAUCAUCAAUGAUGCAUUCACUUGAAAAGACUUUGAGAAUGGACGAACAGACUGGCGAUUUAAAUGAUCAAAUUGCAAGAUUGAUGGAAUUGUUGCGAGAUUUUCUCGAACAAUCUGACGUUCCUGAGACAUUCAUUGCAAUCACUCGUGUACUGAUGGUCAUCGCUCAAAACUAUAUUCGUCACUUUAAAUCGCACUUCACAAACAUUGUCGACAUUAUCGUUGGGUGGCAUUUGGAGACGGAACAAAAGUCGUCAGUGAAACUUCAUUGUUCGAAUGUCCUGCAAAGCUUUCACGUUUGUUGGCAAGCAGAUUCUAAAUUCACGCUUGAUUUAUUGGGGCAAUUGCUUGAAGAUAUUGAAGCUUGUUACGAUAACUUCGAUGGUGUCUUCAACACAAUCAUUAAAUGCGUUUCAACGUCACCAGAUGAGCUUUUAUACUUUGUCACGAAGCAACUUAUAGAGGAAAGUUACGAGAAGAUUUUACGUGUUGCCAAACCAGCUCUAGAAGCAGACUGCACAGCUGAAGAAGUUGUAAUGUCGAUUAACGAGUUUCUCAUCAUUAUUAUGGAAUGUCGAAAGAAUGAUGUGACAAUUCAAAUGACCGACAUUCAGGAAAUCAUUGAAAUGGAGUUUGAUGCUUUGAAAGAGUUUAAAGAAGAUCAACUCGCAAGUUUCUUCACAAUUUUAAUUCAAUUUAUUGAAGAAUAUAAAGCAGAAUUGUCAGUGGAUUUCGUUAAGAAGAUUCUUGACAUCAACGGACCGAUUGUGACGAAAAUUCGCUUCAACAGCGAUUCACGUGUGAUUAAUGGAUUGAUAAGAUUGUAUCACGACAUUCUAGCAUUAAAAAAUGUUCCCGUUCUUCAAACUGCUUAUCAACAAAUCAUUGACGAUUUAAAUUCAUGCUUGAACGACAUUCCCGAAUUAUGUGAAGAGAAAUUGACAUCAUGCACUCCGACAGCUGUUAUUAAAGCACAAUAUGCAUUCAAUUUCAACUUGACAGCAUUAUCGAAGCUUGCAACAAUUCAAAAUUCAAUUAUUGCAAUGUAUUCACUUUCACCAAGCAUUCUGGAGGUUCUGAUAAACCUUCAAAUAUGGAAAUCUGAAUGGAAUGCUUAUGAAUUGACGCAAUACGCGAUUCUGAAGCUUCUAUCAGCACAUUGCUUGAAGAACAACAAUUUUGUGUCGUCAAGUUCGCUUUUUAUCAGCAAAAAUAUUCUCACACAACCAACAAGCUCCUGGGGUUCAGCUUCAUCACCAACCGAGUCACCAGUGUCACAACAUUUCAAAUUAAUCUUGGAAUUCCUUUCGAAAAUGCUUAAAACGACACCAUCGUUGAAACAAAUUAAAGUUAUUGUCGAUUGGAUUGAUAAAAUCAUUCAACAAACAUCACAGUUCGGUGAACAAUUAUUGGAAAAUCAAAACUUUAUUUUCAUCAUUAAACGCAUUAAUAAUCUUGCUAUUAAAUACAAUGACGAAGUGACAUUAAAAGUUGCAACAUGCAACGAUUCAUUAAAAUCAUUUGAUGUUCUUCAUGCAGAUAUUUACACAUCAAUAACUGAAUUAUGUGGUGUUGAAAUGUGCUCGGUUAAUCCUGAAAUUAGAAAAAGAUUUUCAAUCAUUUUAUCGCGAAUUCCGCUGCGCUUUUCAUUGGAGCAGGCAAAAUCGCCAAGUGGAAUAAAUUACGAUGGAAUUUGUAAAAUAUCAGAGAUGGAAAAUUGGCAUUUGUCAUUAGGCGCAAUACAUGGCGGUGAACUUAGAGCGCAUUACUUCCAAGAAUUCAUCAAUCAAAUCACUUAUUCACACGAAGCAUCUGACAUCGAUCCAUUCAUAUUGAGAGCGUUUAGAAAUUGUUGGUUCAGUGGAACGGAAAUGGCAGAAGAGUACAAGAAUGUGACAGUUAAGGAUGUUCGAACGUUGACAUCGUGGAUACAAUGGGAAGCUGCAAGAUUUUGUGUCAAUAAUAGACUUCGAACUCCUUUGGGAAAGCCGCAAGACACAUUUUUAAAGAUUGAAAGCAUCAUCAAGGAAUAUGCGAGAGUUCUUGCACUUAAAGACAACACAAAGCUAAGAAAUUACAAAUUUGUGUUGGCAAAUCAAAGAAACGUUCGAAUUCUCUUGGGAUUUAUGGAAGCAUUGGAGAAAGCGAUUUACAAUGCAGCAGAAGGAAAUGCAUUUGGAAUUCCACCGCCAGAAAAGCCAGCAAAAACUUUCUUUCGAUUAAAUUACUCGACAUGCAAUGAAUGGUUUUCAAGGAAUCGUCUUGCACUUCAUCUUCUUGCAUUACAUUCGAUGGAACUUGAGAUGGUCAUAAGAUGUUCAAGUUGUGUGUUGAGUGACAUGGUGAAAGCUGAUAAAGUUAAUGAUCCUUAUUUCGAGCAAAUCUUAAUGUCAUUAGUGUGGGCGUUGUUAAGAAAUUACGAGAGCGACGCAUUGUUUGGCGUUUACAUUUGGACGAAGAAUGUCACUGGAAAAAAGUUGUCAUGGAUUAAGUUUGCAGCUGAACAAGCUGCAGGUCAUCGUGAGAUUGCUGCUGAUGGAUACACAAAGAUUUUGAGAGAAGAACAAUUUGAACCGCCAAUUUACGACUUCAUCAAUGAUCAACGUAAAAUUUCUUUAAUGUUUUCAGCAAACUUCGAUGCACUUCACACAGUUUUAUUGGAAGAACAGAAACGAUUCUUCAAGCCACAAAACAUUCCAAUUCUCACAAUUUCACCAGAACAAGUUGCAAGUUAUUCAGAUUAUCAUCGAACUAAAGAUCCAGCAGUCUUAUUUGAACUUUCAAAUUGGCAAACGCUUGAAUCAUGUCCGGAUGUGUCAAAUAAUUUCUCAGUUCAUAAAUUGGUGUCGUUAACUGAGAAUACUUUAAUGUAUGGGAUUCUUGGCGAGGAAUCAUUUGACAAAGAGAAGGAAGAAUCGUGCGAGAAAAUCUUGCACACGCUUUUACAGGAAUGUGUUAGGACUCAAUCACAAGAAUAUCGUCUUUAUCUGAGUUUAAUGAAUCACAUGAUGUACAAGACAGUUGAGAACAAAGGCAGUAAUGGAUUUAAGAACAUUGAAUCGUUUGAGAUAAAAAAGAAGUUUGGAUCGUUUACAAUGUUCAUUGUUGCAAGUUGGUCGGAAUUUUUCGAUGAUUAUUCACAUAAAGGUGAACAGCAAAGCAUCGAUUUAAUUCUCCACACCGUGUCAAGUGCAAGAAAAGAAUUAAAUUAUCGACAAUGCAUCAAUGAAUUGACGAAAGUUUAUAAGAAAGUUGAAUAUGCUGAACAUGUUGGCAUUCCAAUUGAAAGUGAGUCUUUAGAUGCAAUCAAGAACUUUCUUAUGUCACCAACAUCAGUUAAAAACGCAAAAAUUUGGAGUGAAAAUGUUGCACGGACGUCAUAUGAACAUUGCAAGACGCUUUACAUUGCACAAGGCCAACGUUUGGAUGCAAUUCAGUUUGCUGCAAGUUCUGCAUGUGGAAUUAAUAAUUGUUUGAUGUCAACUGACUUUGAGACUUCCGACAAGCUUAAGCAACAUUGUGUAAAGUUUUACAUCAAACUUUCUGAGUGGAUUCAAAAUGAAAAUGAAGAAUCACUCGCGAUCAACAACAGUGAACAUGAAACGCCUUUGAAGCUUCUCGUAAAAUCGAUAAAUGACGAAGAUCAUGUUGAUGAAAAGAUGCCGUUGAUUGAUGCUGCAGUUGGAAAAUUACUUCAAAGUGGGGUAAAGAAAUGUCCAGAAAUGACGAAAGUUUGGUCAGCACUUGGCGCAUGGUGUUAUAGAUGGGGACGAAAAAUGGUGGAAUCAAAGACUGACAGUCACGGAUUACGACCAGUCGAUUCGGAUGCGAUUAAAGAACUUUUACCGGAAGCUGACGACGAAGUCAUUGAAAAGAUUUUAAGGAUUCUCAACGAACAACACAUCGUCGCAGAAGAUGAAGACAUUGGACCAAAUGAGUUAAGUUCAACUGAGAUUAUUGAAAGUCAAUUGCGAAUGAUUCCAAUGUUGAAAAAUCGUCCAAGUGACUUCAUGGAUUCGAUUAUUGAGCUAUGGAAACAAGCACAUCGCGAAGUUUAUCGAUAUUACGAAAUGUGUGCGAUUUCCUACUUCAAGUUUCUUCUCUUAUCGUCGAAUAAUGAUGAAAGCUCAUCAGGUGACUCUUCUGUUGUCACAGCGACACUUCGUCUCUUAAGAUUGAUUGUGAAACACGCACUUGGACUUCAAGAAGUUCUUGAAGAAGGCUUGUCAAAGACACCAUCAGAUCCAUGGAAAGUUAUCAUUCCACAACUCUUUUCUCGUCUCAAUCAUCACGAACCUUACGUUAGACGACGAGUUUCGGAAUUAUUAUGUCGUGUUGCCAUCGAUUCUCCACAUUUGAUUAUUUUUCCAACAGUUGUAGGAGCGCAAGAGACGAAAGAUGUUGCAAAAAUCACUGACGAUCAUCAUGAUGAGAAGAAUAUUGAAAUGGAAUGGAAGAACAGCAGCUUGACAUUCUGCUUUACUUCAUUACUUGAAACUCUUUCAAUGCAAAGUCCAGACACUGUCAAUCAAGUUCAGUUGCUGGUUCGUGAACUCCGAAGAAUUUCUCUGCUUUGGGAUGAGUUGUGGCUUUUAUCAUUGAAUCAAGUUUACGCUGAAAAUGUUAAACGCUUUGCAACAUUCAACAAUGAGUUUCAAAAAACCGAUCAAUCACCAGAGAAAAUUGUUCUGUUCACGGAGAAAUAUCGAUUACUAAUGAGACCAGUGUUGUUUGUUCUAGAUCGUCUUCAAGAGUGGACAACAAAAUCACCAGAAACAAACAACGAAAGAAGCUUUCAAGAAAGAUACACAAAAUUUAUAGAAUUGGCGAUAAGUGACAUGAGGAAGCCUUUUGACUCAAAUAAUCCGCUUGCUGCUUUUAAUAAGUUUAAAUCGCUUUAUCAAUUGAUACAACAACGCGUUCACAAACGAAUGAAUUACACGCUUAAGAUGAGCGACGUCAGUCCGGUGCUUGCAAAUUUAACAAACACUCAAAUUAGCAUGCCAGGCGUUCAACCAUCUCAUGAUAACGAAGCUGUUUACAUUCAGUCCGUUGAUAACACGAUUCAUAUUCUACCAACAAAAACAAAGCCAAAGAAGUUGGCGUUUUACGGAAGCGAUGGAAAACGUUAUACUUACUUAUUCAAAGGCAUGGAAGAUUUGCACUUGGAUGAAAGAAUCAUGCAAUUUUUAUCAAUAGCAAACCUUAUGAUGAAGAAAUCUGUCGAUUCAGAUGGAAAAGUUACGCAUUAUCGUGCGCAUCAUUAUUCAGUCAUACCUUUGGGACCACGUUCCGGUUUGAUAAGUUGGGUUGAUGGAGUAACGCCGAUAUUUUCAAUAUAUAAAAAAUGGCAACAACGCGAAGCAGCAUAUCCAAAAAAAGAAAAGCCAUACGUUGUAAUGCGACCAUCAGAACUUUAUUAUAGUAAAAUUACACCUUUACUUAAGGAACAUGACAUGAAGCCUUCUGAUAAUCGCAAAGAUUGGCCAUUGGCAGUCCAAAGAAAAGCUUUUGAAGAGUUAAAAGCUGAAACACCGCGUGAUUUACUUGGAAGAGAAUUCUGGUGUAUUGCCUCAACUGCUGCACAUUGGCGUCACAUCGUGAGAAAUUAUUCCGUAUCGUUGGCAGUGAUGAGUGUUAUUGGCUAUGUAAUCGGCUUGGGAGAUCGUCACUUGGACAACAUAUUAGUUAAAUUGGCUAGCGGCGAUGUUGUUCAUAUCGACUACAAUGUUUGCUUUGAAAAGGGUAAAACAUUGCGUGUACCAGAAAAAGUUCCUUUCCGAAUGACUCAGAACAUCGAGGAAGCUUUAGGACUUACGGGAAUUGAGGGAACAUUUCGUUUGUCGUGUGAACACGUGCUGAAAUCAUUGAAACGAGGCCGUGAAACGUUGUUAACACUUCUCGAGGCAUUCGUGUAUGAUCCUUUAGUAGAUUGGGCAGUUGGCGAAGAUACUGUGACUGGUGGCUUAGCAAAUCUUGGAACAGGAGUUGAAAAGGGUUCCAGCACUGUCACAACGGAUUUAACAACAGCUCGUAAACAAUUGGAACGUGAAGUUACCCGUGACACUUUAGCUAUUCGCUUUACGGAAGUUAAAACCGAUUGGCUACAAAAUAGGGGAAUCUCUAAUAUACACAUAAGAGCUAAGCUCUUUUUAGACUUAUUAAGGGACGAUGUUUACAAUCAAUUGUUGUUGAUGAAGAAUUACUUAAACGACUUAACGAUAAAUCGAGAUGAAAUCAAAAGCUUGGAAAGCCAAAGAAGUUUGUUGUCGAAAGAAAUUUCUUUGGUUCGUGAGCUUGAGGCCCUGGGAUCAGCAAUGUCGAGUCAUCCACUCAACACUUUGUCACAACGAUAUGGAAUAUAUAAAAAGAAACGAAACGACGUUGAUAUGAUUAAAAACAUUUUAUUGGAGAAAGCGAUCGAAUCGGAGCGUAUGAUUGAAGAUUAUUUGAGUUUCGAAGAAGACGCAAGUUCCGGUAGAAUCAACAACAUUUUGAUUGACAUCAAGUCCAAUUACGUUUCGUCGUCGUCGUCUUCGGAGUUCGAUUUGAUCAAGGAGUUUCUGGAAAGUUCAAACCAAGGACAAACCUACGUGCAAAGUGAACAGUUGGCCAAAGAAUUGCAAAGCUCAUUACUACAACAAAGGAAAAUUAUUUUAUCUUCAUUCGAAGCAUUGUUGCAGUAUUACAACGUUGCCAAAUUUUAUCCAACUGACCAUGUGUUGCAUCAUCGAUUCGCUAAAUAUUCUCAAUGGUGUCGUUCGCUUAUCGCCAACAAAUCGCAUGAAUUUCUACGUGAAAUUGCAUUGGCUUACAACAGCAAUUUUGGUGAUACAGUGAUGAGAGAACAAGUGCCGGAAUAUGUCAUCGGCUUUGGCAUAACAUUGCAAACUUUUCUGACAGACGCCACUUAUCAACGCGACUUAUCUCAUCAACACUUACAACAGCUGUCGGAAUAUGUCGAGAAAGGUAAAAGCUUUCAUGUUGCCAAAGAAGAACUGUAUGAGUUUGUUAACAAACAAAUGAAGAAUACAAAAUGUGUCGACGAAAGCUUUUCCGUAUGUAAUCUAACGAAAAUGGUGAAACGUUUGUUAGCUGUUGAAAUGUCAAUAUUGGAUGCUUCUGCGGGUGGAGAUCACUUGAGUGAGUUCACAAUCAAUGAACGUUGGUUUAUCGAUGAAAUUAUGAUUCAAACCUCGUUCUUAUCCAACAUCAGUGAAAUUGUUCUCGAUAAUUUAAUAUUGAAGAAGAACUCUUUGCUCAACAACAGUUGGGAGUACUUUAAGACGAUUAAAGAGACAUUCGAGACAUUCAAUCGAAUCAAAAAUGAUUUUCAACUCAAUGUUUUACGCCAAAGUCUUCAAGGAAUUAUAUCUGAGAAUAAAUCAGUCUUGGAAAUGAUUUCUGCUUUAUCGAACAUUAAAACAAUUAAUUUGAAUGAGCUUUCAAUGAAACUUCAAGAAGAUCUCGUAAGUUGCAUUCAAAACCCAAAUCAGAAAGCAAUCUUAAGAGCAGCUGAAUUAAACGAUGCCUAUAACAAAAUGGUUAUUCAAUACGAAUCAAUGUCUGAAGAUAAUUUAGGCAGAAAGAUUUUCCUUUCACUUCAUGGAAUGUUUAACGAACUUUGUCAAUAUACAAAGAAGAUUGUAAGUUUCGAUAAGACAAUUAACGCAAUUCCAGACGAAUGGACACAAAUAUCUGAAUUGGAACAAUCAAAGAAACUGUUUAUUUCGCCAAUAAAAACCACAACUGGGAUGGUAUUACAACAAAUAUUUUUCGUGAAGCGCAUUCAAGCGAUAAUUGAUUUCUUCAGUAAUUGUCUUCAAGUUGCGUGGGCGUUCAAAGGUUCUGGUGUGAUGAUAAACUUUGACAUUGAAUUUCUGACGCGACCUCUUAAAUCUUACAUUUCUGAAUUCAUCAUGAAGUUUGUUCUUGGUCGUGGGUCGUACAGCUUUACACUCAUCAUUUGUUGCUUGUUGGAACAACAGAAGCAAUGGGAGCACAGAGGAGAAAACAAACUCUUCUCGUUGGAACAAAUUUGCUUCAUGAUGAUGAAUUUUAAUUCCAAUGUUUAUGAAAAGCUUUUCAUUGGACUUGAAGAGCGCUUCAGAAAAGAAGAAGCUUUGGAAUAUUACAAGAAGAAUGUUGAGAAACAAGACGAGCAUGUAAAACAGCUGACAUGUCUCUUGACUGCACAUCACUGGCUUAAUGAAGAUUUCUUCCCUCAAGUUACAACUUACUUACCUCCAAUUCCCCGGGCAAAUCUUCUCCUUCAACUUCAAAACUUUAUUCAAGGUUUAUCAAGUUGGAAUGCAUCGAUACAGAAGAUUCAUGAAGAGCUUCAGCGGAUGAUUAUAAUUAUACUGCAACGGUUGAAAUGGGCGUCGGGGGCAAAUCCAAUGAUCAUUGAUUUGAUGAAGACAUUCGAGACACUUUCUAUAUCGAGAGAAAUUCAAUAUGAAAAGGAAAAGGAACACACGACAAUCGCAUUAAAACAUUGCUUUUCUGUAUCGAGUUAUGAGAUGCUUCGAUUUAAGACACCGAAGGCAGUCGUAAGUGACGAUGAAUUUCUUAAUUUCCUUCAACAAUGGGAAAGUGUUUGUGUUGGCGAGAGAAAUGUUGCGCACACUGUUAAUCCAAUAGAGGAAGCUUUAGUUGAGUUAUUGGAUCCUGAAGGGAAGAUAGAUCGCAUGUGGAUUGACAAUGUGACAUCACUGAUUGAUGAUAUGAUAAAUCAAGUACACAGCGAUAUCGAUGCAAUGGAAAAGAAUGUGACGACAGCUCGUGACAAUCUCGAUAUGUGCGCGCAUAAACUUCGAAGCUUCAUCGCAUCACAUCAUCGCAUCUCGUCUGACAUCAGAAACUUAUUGAAAUCAAUGCUAAAGCAUGAUGACAGCGACCGUAAUAGAGCAUUAAAAGAAUAUCUUCUGAAAUAUAAAAUAUUUAUCGAAAACGUCACUGAACUUCAUGGAAACGUGUUGAGUAAAGAUUUUACUGACGUCAUGGUGAAGCGAACAAUCGAACAAGUGAACGAUUCACUCAUUGUAAUUAAUGAAAUUUACAAUGAUUUGUUUACAUUCGAGAAGACCUUGAACACCAACUUAACAACUGAUAAGACAACGCAGCACCAGAGCAGUUUGAUGAGAAAUCUUUCCGAACUUUCGACUGAGUAUUGUGGAAGUCCCAACAAAAAAGUAUCGAAUCACAAGGAACAGAAACGGAAUGCUUACGCAGUGUCAGUUUGGCGAAGGAUUCGGAUGAAGUUAGAAGGCCGUGACCCAGAUCCAAAUCAUACGUCUCGUGUGCAAGAACAGGUGGACUGGAUGAUUCGUGAAGCAUUGAAUCAAGAUAAUUUAGCGCUUCUAUAUGAAGGUUUCACAUCAUGGGUCUGAAGGGGAUGACGUCGGUAAAGACUUCGGUUCAAUGGUCAAGAAAUGAAAUGAAGGACAAACAAACAUAAAAAAUUAAACAUCCAAAAUUUUAUCAACAAAACAUCAAAAGAAGCUCUUACGGCUACCAUUUUCAAACACAGUUCAAGUUUGUGAAGUUGUUUCUCGUCGUCUUCGAGUCACCGAUCACCAACCAUUCGAAGUUUAAUCGUGGCGGUUUCAAUUAAAUUCAUAAUAUAAAAAGAGAACAUAAAUGGAAAUGGAGAAGUUACGAGCGCAUAGUUAAAUGUCAAUGAUGUGAAAUUAAAUGAAGAAGCAUCUUGGAAAACAAGGAGAUAACCGUAAUGAUGGUGACAAAUCUUACGGUUUGAUCCUUUAAUAUUUAAUUCUUUUCUUGUACUUAUUUUCUUUUAUCAUUUGUUUACGAAAUUAGCAUCACUAAACCAUUUUUGCUUUCACUGAUUUUUAUUUCUUUCUUUCGUUUCUAAAUUUCAUAAAGCUUUCUUAAUUUAUAAAAUUUCCAUUCUUUAUUGACAUUUUUAAACAGAGAGAAAAUUCUUUAAUUCUGAGGAAAAAUUAUUUCAUGAAAAGAAAAUUGUUAAAUCGCUGGAAAAUUGAAAAUAAAAUUAAUAAAAGCUUCUUUAGUUG